ACAACCAAAAAAGGUUUCCUCUAGAGAGAGAGAGAAAGAAAGAGAGAGAAGGAAUGAUUAGUAAUAUUAAGCGGAAGCCAGCAGGUUUGGCUUUUGAAGCAAUAAAACCCAUCUCACUCAUGACUCACCUCAUCUAAAUAAUGAGAGAGAGCCGAAGAAGGAAGAACAACCCAAGAAGAAGAAGCAGAGAACAGAACAGUUGAGGCACCAAGAGAAGCACAGAAAGGUCCGGAGCAGAAGCUGAAGCAGCAGUAGAAGGAGAAGAAGAUAGGGUCGUUAUAACAUUAUUUGUCUCUCUCUCUUUCUCUGGGCUGGAAGCUCAGUCGGCUCUGAAGACUUUUUUUCUACAGAAAAGUCAGUGGCAGAAACAGCAGCAUCAGUAGUAGCAGUAGCAGCGACAGAAGUUGGUAUAGUGAUAGAGAGAGAAGGGGGAGAAGAAAAAAGAAAAAGAGAAAAAAGGGACCCAACCCAAGAGGAUAUCUUUCACUCUCUUCUCUCUCUCUCUCUCUCAACACAGAAGGAAUUUCAGAGUCCCCACUAUAGAUACACAGUAGAUUGUUUGGGUUGUUAGAUUAAGUCCAUCAGAGAAGUUUGCAGAAUUUUUUCCUCUUUUUCGACUUUUCUUUUUGAAGAAAAUAAAAUACAAAGAGCCCAUCAAAAUCGGAUUUUGAUUGCUUAUCAGAAUCCGCAGUUGUGGCUACUACAAGGAGGUUCCCUUCGGAUUCCGGAGCUUUCGCAGACUGGGUGGCUUCAUCCUCUUCUGCCGGCCGUGCAGACGAUCUCUCUCUCGGCUUCAAUGCCGCACCUGCAACCGGCGGUGCCGGAAAUGGAGCCGGCAACGCCCCUGCUCCUUGGUCCUCCGCCUCCUCUAGGCAUCAAAUCAAUUACAGCCAUACACCGGAGAUGGGUUUGGUGGGUCGUCGAGAUGUAUUCCUUGUUGCUCCUGCAUCUUCGUUUCAUCACAACACACAGCACCAGCACCAACACCAACAUCAGGAUCCCAUGAUCUCCGACCACCACCAUCACCACCAGAUUAACAAUUCCAACGCUGCUGCUGCCGCAGCCGCAACCAGUCUCGGCGUUGGCGUUGGUGUCGGCGUAAUCCCUCUUCUCACUGCCGCUCCUUAUCUUCCUUCUUCCGGCAACAUCGGAAUCGACGAUGAAGAUAAUGAUAAUAUCAACAUCAACAUCAAUAAUCGUAGUACGAGUAGUAGUAGUAAAGUUCAGUUCUGGCAGAACCAGCAGAGCAAUUUCUUUAAGAAAUCCAUGUUGUUAGAUCAUACCAAUUCUGGUAACUUGCUAAAUACUGACGGAGGAGGUGCUGGUGGUGGCGCAUCCAGUUCAGGCGGCGGUGCUUUUGGUAUUACUGGCACGUCUUCAUCUUCUCCAACGUGCCAGGAUUGCGGAAACCAAGCCAAAAAGGACUGUAAUCACCGCCGGUGUAGGACUUGCUGCAAAAGCCGUGGUUUCGAUUGCCCAACUCACGUUAAGAGCACGUGGGUCCCAGCAGCUCGGCGGCGUGAACGUCAGUUAUCUGCAGUUGCUGCAACGGCCGCCGGUGGUUCUUCUGGGUCUACUUCCGGCCUGAAGAAGCCGAGACUUAUCACAUCACAGACCACAACCACUUCACAUACCUCCACAUCUAAUAAUACUCCCCCAAGAAGCUUCGACACAAGCUCGAGCCAUCAAGAUGCGAGUUUUAGGGAGACAUUGCCGGGUCAGAUACGGGCGCCUGCAAUUUUUAAGUGCGUGCGGGUGACUGCCAUUGAUGAUGGUGAAGAUGAGUAUGCUUACCAAGCUGUUGUGAAGAUUGGUGGCCAUGUGUUUAAAGGGUUCUUAUAUGAUCAGGGAGAGGAAGGGAGGGAUGGGUUUCCAAAUCUCUCUGAGUUGCACUUAGGUGGGGGUGGGGGUGGAAGGAAUGGAGGUUCUUCGUCGCCAAUCCUGGAUCCUUCUGAUGUUUAUGCUGCCUCUGGUGGUGGUUUGCUUGGAGGUACGGCUUAUGGUAACUCAAUAAAUUGAAGGGCUUGGAGGGGAAGACAAUGUGGGUCUGGUUUACUUCAUUGUCAAACUGAUUGUCCGAUAAAGUUGCUCAGUAAAUCACUAUAAUUAUUUCUGUAAACGUGUUUUAUCCUAACUUCUGUGUAUCUCUAUUGAUUAUCAAAAGCUUCUGCAUUCUUGAAUUUUCUUCCUUUUUUAUAUAUUGUUUGCUUGCUUCA